UGUGUCCUCUCUUUGAGAAAAAAGUGUUAUGUCGCAGACGAAAAAGAAAAGAACUUCUCGUAAAUGUUACGAGAAAUCGGAUCUAUUUGAUGGAUUACCCGAUGAUCUCGUUAUCUCCAUCCUUUCCAAGCUAGCUUCUUCAGCCUCUUCUCCUCCUGAUUUCAUCAACAUUCUCUUAACAUGCAAGAGAUUAAACAAUUUGGCUGUUCAUCCUCUGGUUUUAUCAAAAGUCUGCUCUAAAGUUUUUGCCGUUAAAGCUCGAAAUUGGUGCGAUUCGGUUCAUCGUCUUCUCAAACAGUGCGUUAAAGCCGGCAACGUUGAAGCUUGUUAUACUCUGGGCAUGUUCCGAUUCUACUGCCUGGAAAACAGAGGAGGUGGAGUGUCUUUAAUGGCGAAAGCAGCAAUCAAAUCCCACGCGCCAGCUCUAUACUCGCUCGCAAUAAUACAAUUUAACGGGAGCGGUGGUUCAAAAAACGAGAAGGACCUCCGGGCCGGAGUAGCCUUAUGCGCGCGAGCAGCUUUCCUCGGUCAUGUGGACGCGCUGCGUGAACUCGGCCAUUGCUUACAAGACGGUUACGGCGUGCGCCAACAUGUAAUUGAAGGACGCCGGCUACUCGUCCAAGCUAACGCACGAGAACUCGCGUCGUCGUUAAACACCUUAGUCCAACGAAAAACCCAACAACAACACCAUCGUCGUUUAAACUAUCAAUAUUACAAUUUAAAAAUGGGUUCAAGUUGUCCGUUAAGUGAUUUCGGGUGCAAUGUACCUGCACCAGAGGUUCACCCGGUGAACUCGUUCUUAAAAGAAUGGUUCGAGUCAGAAGUGGGCGAAUUAGCACAGGGGCUAAGACUUUGUUCCCACGAAGGGUGCGGGAGACCCGAGACAAGGGCUCAUGAGUUCAGGAGGUGCUCAGUUUGUGGCACGGUGAAUUAUUGCUCGCGUGGUUGCCAAGCACUCGAUUGGAAGCUGAGACAUAAGGUAGAAUGUGCACCGAUCGAACGAUGGUUGGAAGAAGGCGGUAAUGAUAUCCGUGUUCGCGGGGAAAUGGAAGAGGUUGUGGAAUCGGAUGAGUUAGUUAUUUAAUUACAAAUGGUAAAACUAUGAAAUCGUAAAUGCAAAUUUGUUAUGAGUAAAAGAAAUUCAUUUUUCCUUUCUCGGUUUUUAAUGUUUGGGAUGCUUUCAUUUAUGUACAUAGAAGAAAUGUUUCAGCUUUUGAUA